AUGGACAAAAAACUCAACCUUCUCAACGAAAAGGUAGACAAGCUGUUACAUUUCCAAGAAGACUUGACCGAAAAAAUCCAGAAAGUUAACGAAGGCAUUGAUGAUUUGGGAAAAGGCCUCCAUCAGCUAAGCGCAUCGCACUCUCCUGUGGACCCAAUCUGUGGAAUUCAUCGCAGCGAAGAUGAUGUCCAGCAGGUGGAAACUCAGAAUACGUACACCGAGAUUUUGAACCUGGUGAAAGCCACGUGUCAUGAUGCUUCCAGGUACCAGGAAAAAAUGGAGAAGGUGGAGACAGCUGUGGAUGCUAUUGACAAGAUGGUGAAGUGUUUGGGAGAAAUGUUCAGAAACUCAAAGAUGGUGGAUUUCGUUCUGAAAGGGUGUGUUCCUUGGUGGAAAGGAAGCUUGUUUGAAAUCCUGGAAGAGACUAAAGAUAAGCCAGAAGACAAGGGUUCAAAAGGAAAGCAUGCAACUCCCAAGCAAGGAACACAGACAGAAAGCAAGGAUUCUUUGGAAGAUGACAGCCCUCCUCCUCCAGCUCCUUUUGAGCAUCGCAUUGUGAGCAUCAAACAAACUGAGUUAACCACUUUAUACACUGUUAACCACCAUGAAGUGUUGGGAGGGGGGCGUUUUGGUCAAGUCCACAAGUGCACGGAAAAGUCCACGGGACUCUGUCUGGCCGCCAAGAUCAUCAAAGUGAAAUUAGCAAAAGAAUGGGAAGAAGUGAAGAAUGAGAUAAACAUCAUGAACCAGUUAAAUCACGUGAACCUAAUUCAACUCUAUGAUGCUUUUGAGAGCAAGCACAACCUCACCUUAAUCAUGGAAUAUGUCGAUGGUGGUGAGUUAUUUGACCGGAUCAUAGAUGAAAACUACAAUCUUACCGAGUUGGAUGCUAUCUUGUUUACCAAACAAAUAUGUGAAGGAAUCUACUACCUUCACCAACAGUACAUCCUUCAUCUUGACCUGAAGCCCGAGAAUAUACUCUGUGUGAAUCACAAUGGAAACCAGAUUAAAAUCAUUGAUUUUGGACUAGCAAGGAGGUACAAGCCUCGGGAGAAGCUGAAAGUCAAUUUUGGCACGCCCGAAUUUUUGGCUCCCGAAGUGGUCAACUAUGAUUUUGUGUCAUUCCCAACGGACAUGUGGAGCGUAGGCAUCAUAGCAUACAUGCUGGUCAGUGGCUUGUCGCCUUUCCUUGGAGAAACUGAUGCAGAGACCAUGAAUUACAUAAUCAACUGCAACUGGGAUUUUGAUGCAGAAGCAUUUGAACAAGUGUCCGAAGAGGCCAAAGACUUUGUAUCCAGACUUCUAAUAAAGGAAAAGAGUGGCAGAAUAAGCGCAGCCAAUUGCUUGAAACACGAGUGGUUGACCAACUUGUCUGCCAAGGCGAAGCGGUCCAAAGUUCGCUUGAAGUCUCAGAUGCUUCUGCAGAGAUACAUGGCCCAGAAGAAAUGGAAGAAGCACUUCCACGCGGUCACAGCUGCCAACAGGUUGAGAAGAUUCCCUAACGUAUCUGAGUCUCCAGCUGCUGAAAAUAGCUGAGACUUGGGUGAUUUUAGGACUCAGCCCAUUGGGGACGGGACAACUUGCCACCGCUAACUCGCUGCGGCCAAUUCAACAAUUC